AUGUACGAUACCCUGAGAAAGUAUUGCGUCCUAAGAGACGUAGCGAAGAGCUCAGGGCUGGGGCUCGUCUGCGUUGUAUGUGAUCUGGGGUUUCGCGACCAGGAUGUGCUAUACAAGCAUUUUGACACCGAGGAGGAUCACAACGGCGUCCACAAUGGUUUGUCCAAGAGAGAGGGAGAUUUUAUCCUAUUUUUGGAUCGCUAUAGGACAGCUAUGGGUUGGGAAACCAUCUCAAAAGAUGAUUUUCCAAUCAAAUUCAAUCAGACGGGACGACGACCUGGACGUCGGCCAUUCUACACUUUCUUUGAAGUCGAUUUUGUCCUGGAAAAAAAAGGCCAGCUCAAAUUCAACACCUUGGAUAGGAGUCUUGCAAUUGUGUGGGAAGUUGUCAGGAAUGCUAAAAAGGAUUAUGUUUGUCCACUCUGUUUGGUUCUCUGCAGCACUACAAAAGCGUUUUAUUACCAUUGCGACCAACUGAAAGACGAUGUCCACACGGGCCUCGCGUACAAGGGCCCGGAUUUCCAAUUGUUUCUUCCUCAUUAUUUUACUGCUCUCAAGGCAACAGUACCGGAGGAAGAAUUGCCUUUGGGUAGGGGUCGAAAGGGCGCGUACUCCUUCCAUGAGUGUUUCCGGCUGGAGUUCGUCUUGAAAUGGAAACAAAGUGAGUAA